AUGUUCACCCUCGGCGGCAAGUCCCUGAGCGGCCGGCGCACCGGCUCGUGGCCCUCGGGCGCGUCCUGGGCCGAGCUGCCGCCGCUUGCGCGCGAUGCCUCCGCCGAGAGCGUGCUCGGCGCCUUUGCCGGCAUGACGACCGAGGCGGCCCUCAACCACCUGCAGACGCAGCGCGACGGCCUGAGCGAGUUCGAGGCCGACGCCCGCCGCGAGCUCAAGGGCGCCAACGUCCUGCCCAUGCACAAGGCGCCCUCCUGGAUCAUGACCUUUCUGCGCGCCAUCCCGAACCCCUUCAACGCCCUGCUCUUCUUCCUGGCCAUUAUUCAGGUCGCCAUGCCUGGUGGAGAUUGGGCCGGCUUCGUCGUCAUGUGGAUCAUGAUCUCCGUCUCCGUCGGUGUCCGCUUCUGGCAGGAGUACCGCAGCAACGUCAAGGUCUUCCGCCUGCAGUCGUCCGUCAGCAAGCCCGUCCGCGUGCGCCGUCUGCCGCCGAGCGUCGAUGUCGUCACCGGCAAGACGCACUCGUCCGAUGUCCAGACGGUCGCCGAGAUGGACCUUGUUCCCGGCGACAUCAUCCACCUGCCGCCUGGCUCCGUUGUCCCCGCCGACUGCAUGAUCCUCGAGUCAACCUUCCUGCGCAUCAGCCAGUCGACGUGGACCGGCGAGAGCGAGCCCGUUGCCAAGGUCGCCGGCGUCGGCGGCGGCAAGGAGACUGGGCUGUUUGACCAGGAAAACAUUGCCGUCAUGGGCACGAGCGUGGUCUCGGGCAAUGGCGUCGCACUUGUGCUGCGAACUGGCAAAGACGUCCUCAUUGCCAACAUGGCCAAAGACUUGGAGAAGAAGCGCGAGAAGAAUGCCUUCCAAAAGGGUAUCCGCAACGUGAGCUGGAUGCUCAUCGGCUUCAUGGUUGUCAUGAUCCCCGUUGUUCUCGUCAUCAACGCAGUGACCAAGAGUGACUGGGGCCAGGCCGCCAUCUUCAGCGUCAGUGUUGCCGUCGGCCUCGUGCCCGAGAUGCUUCCCGCCAUCGUCCAAGGCAACUUGGCUCGCGGAGCGUACGUGCUGUCCAAGAUGAAGGCCAUUGCCAGGCGACUGGAUGCGGUUCAGAAUAUUGGCGCCAUGUCUGUGCUUUGCAGUGACAAGACCGGAACUCUCACCAAGGACGAGAUACACCUCUGCAGCCAUGUUGACUGCACUGGUGCCGACAAUGUGGCGGUCCUCCAGCUGGCCACCGUCGACGCGCAUAUCCAGGGCAGCAACGGAAACAACAUCGAUGCCGCCAUCGUUGCGCACCGCGGGUCCGACGGCGAGCCUAUCCCCGUUGCGCAGUACACCAAGGUCGCUGCCAUUCCCUUCACGUUCGAACGUCGUCGCAGCGCGUGUGUCGUCCGCGGUGUCACGGGCCAGAAUCUUCUCAUCGUCAAGGGCGCCCUCGAGGAAGUGGUCUCGCUGUGCUCGAGCGUGCGCGAGGGCGGCAUCUGUGUCGCCAUGGACGUCGCCAAGAAGCUCGACAUUGAGCGUCGCGCCGAGGAGUUCAACCGACAGGGCUACCGUGUGCUCCUCGUGGCGCAGAAGAAGCUCGUGGGCGCGGAGCUGCACGACGAGGACGGCCUGCACCAGCUCGAGGGCGAGAUGACGCUCGAGGGCAUGCUCACCUUCAUCGACCCGCCCAAGGAGGACGCCGCCGCGGCCAUUGCGCAGCUCAAGGAGCUCAACGUCGAGAUCAAGGUGCUCACAGGAGACAGCCUGGCCGUCGCUCUCAACGUGUGCCAGGCGCUGCACCUCGUUAGCCCCUCCGAGGUGACCGAGGGUGACGAUGUCCAGGCCAUUACGGGACCGGAGCUCGCGCAGCUGGGCGACGGCGAGGCCUUCGAAGAGGCCGUCCGUCGGUGCAAGGUGUUUGCGAAGCUGACGCCGCAGCAAAAGGCUUCGGUCGUGGGCACGCUGCGAGAGAAGGACGGCCACUGCGUGGGGAUGCUGGGCGACGGCAUCAACGACUGCAUGGCGCUGCGGAGGGCGGACGUGGGUAUCUCGGUCGACUCGGGCGCGAGUGUGGCCAAGGACUGCGCCGACUUGAUCCUGACCGAGAAGGGCCUGGACAUUGUCGUGUCGAGUGUGCGCGUCGGCCGCCUGACGCACGGCAACACCAUCAAGUACAUCAAGAUGGUCACGUCGUCCAACUUUGGCAACGUCUUCUCUGUUCUCGUCUCGAGCGCCUGGCUUCCGUAUGAACCGAUGUCUUCGCUGCAGAUCCUGAUGCAGAACCUGCUCUACGAUAUCAGCCAAAUCGCCAUCCCGUGGGACCGCAUGGAUGAAGAGUACCUGACGACGCCCAAGCGCUGGGACUCGUGGGACCUGCUCAAGUUCACGCUCGUGCUGGGCCCGACGAGCUCCGUCUUCGACAUGUGCACGUACUCGCUCAACUACUUCUACUACGGCGUGAAGACGGACGACAGCGACUACAUGGUUGGCAUGGCCCAGGCACACUGGUUCUGGCAGGGACUUCUCACGCAGACGCUCAUCGUGCACAUGCUGCGAACGGCCAAGAUCCCCUACCUGCAGUCGCGGCCCGCGAUGCCUCUGGCGCUUUCGACGUGCGCCAUCAUGGUGAUUGGCUUUGUCAUCCCGUGGGUGCCGCCGUUCCGGUCCGCUCUUGGCUUCUCGCGGCCGGCGCCGUCGUUUGUGGGCUUCCUGGUGGCGGAGCUCGUGGGCUACUCGCUCGAGGUGCAGAUUGUCAAGGUCAUUUACAAGCGCAUCUUCAAGACGUGGCUGUAA